UUUCUUCUGCUCAAAGCAACGCGCUGUUUCCAGUUUAGAAUUCGACAAUACAGAGAGGUCAACCGAUAAUCUUCUUCACAAACCCUAAUUUUAGCAACCACAGAUUGGAUUUGAGAUUCUUCGCGAAGAAGAUGGUGUUGACGUUCUUGUUUUUGGUCCCCAAAUUUAGUAAAACAAUCGCAAUCAAACCCACUCCCCACUCCCUUUCCGCCCCUCACCUCGUUUUCAUUUCUCGUUACCGUAUUCUGUCAUCUCUGUCCGGUAGCGUCAACAGUGGUGGUGGAGUUUGGAGCUAUGGCAGCUCCCACGGCUGAAGAAGAAGUUAACGAUUCCUUUACCACUUCCCACACGGUGAUCGCCAUUAGCAGGGACAAGAACAGUCAAUAUGCGGUUAAAUGGGCUGUAGAACACCUGUUCAACAGGAAGAACUCCGGCGAUUGCAUCCUCAUCCAUGUUCGUAGCCAGAGCAUGCAUCCCCAGGAUGCCGAUACGGUGCCUAAGGAGUAUCGUCCACCGACUGAAGCUGAGUUGCAUCAGUUCUUCCUUCCCUUCCGCGGAUUCUGUGCACGAAAAGGAAUAGUUGCAAAGGAGAUAAUCAUACACGACAUCGAUGUUCCUAGUGCACUUAUUGACUAUGUCAGUAAACACUCCAUUAGCAAUAUUGUUGUGGGUGCUUCCAACCGGAAUGUUAUUUUGAGGAAGUUCAAGCAUCCCGAUGUCCCAACGUGCUUACUCAAAUCAACUCCAGAAUCAUGCUCUGUAUAUGUCAUAGCUAGAGGAAAGGUUCAUACUAAGAGACUGAAAAAGAAACCGAAGUCACAAACUGAUAGUACAGAAACACCAUCUAGAGCUCCACAUUUGAGCAGGUCUAUAUCAAAAAUACAAAAAUCAGCAUACCCUAAUAUCUCAGGACUCUCUGAAGAUAAAAGCAGUUCUGGCACCAGUUAUGAUUCAAUGUCAGGCAUCAGUGACUAUUCGGGGCCUUUCAAAUCAUUUGAAACAUCCUUUGAGAACUUAGAUUCUUUCACAACCUCCUCAGAGACUAAUUCGAGGAGCUUUGUGUCCUCUAACACCCCAUCUUCCAUAGAAGCUGAGAUGAGAAAGUUGAGGUUGGAACUCAAACAAACGAUGGAAAUGUAUGAAUUAGCUUCCAAUGAAGCUAUAAUAGCAAAACAAAAGGCAAAAGAAAUGCAACAGUUGAAGAUGGAAUUGGUAGAAGACCAAAAACUUGAGCGUAGUAAAUCUUCAGAAGAGGCUAUAACGACAUUGGUCGAGUUUGAGAAGCAGAAGAACAAGGCUGCGACAGAAGCAGCUGUAAUGGCACAGAAGUUGGCAGAAUUAGAGACCCAGAAAAAACGAGUUAUUGUUGAAAAUAAAGCUAGGAUUGAGGCAGAGGAGAUGAAGAAAGCAAUUGAUUUAUUUGAACGCAGUAAUGUCUGCUAUAAACGAUACAGAAUUGACGAGAUCGAAGCUGCAACAGAUCAUUUUAAUGAGUCUAAUAAGAUUGGUGAAGGGGGAUAUGGACCUGUUUACCAAGCCAUACUCGAUCAUACUUCUGUUGCCAUUAAGAUCUUGAGACCAGAUAGAUCUCAUGGGCAGAAACAAUUCCAGCAAGAGAUUGAGGUUCUAAGCCGCAUGAGGCAUCCACACAUGGUUCUCCUCUUAGGUGCCUGCCCAGAAAACGGUUGUCUCGUUUAUGAAUAUAUGGAAAACGGGAGCUUAGAAGACCGUCUUUUCCGAAAAGAUAACACUCCUCCAAUCCCUUGGAGUACCCGUUUCAGGAUAGCUGCUGACAUUGCCACUGCCUUACUCUUCCUUCACCAAAUGAAGCCAGAACCUGUGGUGCAUCGCGAUCUCAAGCCAGCCAACAUUCUCUUAGAUCACAACUACGUGGGCAAAAUAGGUGAUGUGGGUUUGGCCAGGCUAGUUCCACCAUCGGUUGCCGAUAGCGUCACUCAAUAUCACAUGACUGCUGCAGCUGGAACAUUCUGUUACAUUGAUCCAGAAUAUCAACAAACAGGAAUGUUGGGUGUGAAGUCAGAUAUUUACUCAUUUGGUGUUCUGCUACUCCAGCUCAUCACUGCAAGGUCACCGAUGGGUCUUUCAUAUCAGGUCGAGGAGGCCAUUGAACACGGCACAUUUCCACAGGCACUUGAUCCUACAGUUACAGAUUGGCCUAUUGAAGAUACUCUUGGACUCGCUCAAUUAGCCCUGCAGUGCUGUGAGCUAAGGAAAAGAGACAGGCCUGAUCUCCAUACAGUUCUAUUGCCCGAACUGGUCCGGUUAAAAAAUCUAGGAUUGAGCAAAAUGCCACUAAAGGGAAAACUCCCAGAUGUCUGCGAAUCAUGUGAUCGACCGGCCUCUAACUCAGCUCCAAAAUUAAGGAGAUCAGGACAUGAGGAAAGAACGAGAAACAAUCCCAACCUGCCAAUGGAAACUCGAUAUAGAACGAUGUGAGAACAAGAUGGCAGCGAAAGUUGAUACGAAAUCUUGGAGCCAAAAGGGUAUUUGUUUGAAUACCAUCUCUCUGCGGACAAAGAAAGAAUAGACCUCGAAGAACAGUGAUGCGAAAGUCUCAGCUAUCCCACUGAGUGGAAAACGAGUUGAUGAACAGACUCUUAAGAAGCAGCAAAGCUCUCUUAGCAUGUUCAUAAAGAGAAAUCAUUGUAUCUUCUAAUUUAUCUGUUAUUUCGUACUCGUUUAGCACUUCACAUUUAUAAACGCCUGCAAAUGUGGCUUGUUUCCUCAUCUAAA